AUGUCUGAUCAGCAAAAGGGCUUACUGUCGGCGUUUGAAGAGGUCAUUGCAGGGGUGGAUAAUAGGUUCUGUGUUAGGCUCCUCUACAGCAACUUCAGGAAGAAGUUUCCUAGUUUAGAGCUAAAGAACAAGAUGUGGAGCCUCGUUAAUAAUAUGAGUGAGAGUUUCAAUGCUGUGUUAGUAGAAGCAAGUGAGAAACCAAUUGUAAGCAUGUUAGAGGAUAUUAGGGUUUAUAUGAUGACUAGAUGGGCUGCAAAUAGGGAAAGGGUUCUUAAUUAUCUAGGAAACAUUAUGCCAAUGAUUAAGAAGAAAUUAGAGAAACGGGCAAGCUUAGCUAGGGACUGGAGGCCAUACUGGUCAUCUGCUAGCAAGUACGAGGUUAUGUGUGGUCUAAAUAAGUAUGUUGUGGAUCUGGCUACUGGUGAAUGUUCUUGCAGGAAGUGGCAAAUGAGUGGGAUUCAUUGUACUCAUGCCAUCAGCUGCAUCACCUUCAAGGGCCUUAAUUUGGAGUCAUAUGUGGAUGACUGCUACAAGGAGGCCUACAUCAUGUGCUACCAGGAGGUCAUACACCCUCUAAACGGCCAGGAGCUAUGGGAGAGGACUCAAUAUGAUGAUGUCAUCCCGCCUCCAUACAGGAAGCCAAGCCACAGACCGGUGAAGAAGAGGAAACGAAGGGCUACAGAUGAAGACAACAGAAGCCAGACUCACAUGUCACGGAGGGGAGAAGUCCAAAGAUGCUCCAACUGUGGUGGAGUGGGACACAAGAAGAGCAGCUGCAGCCAGCCUAAGAAGAGGGCUCAAAGUUCAACCAAAAGAGCUAAGAAGAAUGCACCUAAGCUGGCACCUGGUCAGACAGUUUGGAGAGGGAGAAAGAGGAAUACUACACCAUCACCAACCAAUCUGCUAGCAUCUCAUACCAGGAAAACCCCUCACAAGGCCCAAGAAACGUGA